CAUCGCUGGAGUUUCUUUCGUCUACCAAUUUCACGAGUACAGUGCAUGGCGAGUUCCCGAGGACAAAAGUUAUGAGGGGCACAAGUUCGGUUACUUGGAAGUAGCCGUUCUUCCCUCCCCCGGUUAUUUCCAGAACAUCCCGACGUCGUAGUUACAAGACUUCCGCAAGCUCACAUAAACCACCAACCGACAUAGACAAUAGACAGAUACACUCACAGGGUCGGGUCAUCAUCGAAUUUCAGCGUUGUCGAUUGGACCUGAGCCAGGGUUGCGGAACAAACCUACAUAUCGUCCCAUUGCAUAUACCCAAUUCCAUAUCUUUCAAUUCUACCCAGAGUUUGAAGCUCUCCUAAUUUAUCAUGCUCCCCCAACGAACGCGCUGCCUCAGCAGCAAGAUCCUCAAAACCCAAUCCCUCCAUCGCCUACCCCAAGCCGCCUUCUCCACAACAUCAAGACGCAACGGCUACGACGACACAAUCCAGAACCUGAGAAUCGGCGCAAACACACGCGUCAUCUUCCAAGGGUUCACCGGCAAACUAGCCACCGCGAAUGCAAAAGAGUCGAUUGAAUGGGGCACGAAUGUUGUCGGUGGAGUGAAACCUGGUGGUUCAGGCGAGCAUCUGGGGCUGCCUGUCCUGCCGUCUGUGAGAGCAGCCAUGGAGCAGUUGAAGCCUGAUGUGACGGGGAUUUACGUGGCGGCACAUCAAGCGGCUGCUGCUAUUGAGGAGGCGGUUGAGGCUGAGGUCCCGCUCAUUGUUGCGGUCGCGGAGCAUAUUCCGCUGCAUGAUAUCAUGAGGAUACAUUCUAUGCUACAAUCGCAAUCUAAAUCGCGACUUGUAGGAGCCAACGCACCUGGCAUAAUAUCUGCGAUCGGGCGCUGCAGAGUCGGCUUUCAACCUUUGCCUACUUUCUCUCCCGGUCACAUCGGUAUUGUGGCUAAAUCAGGUACUUUGUCAUACGAAACUGUAGGUUCUUUGACAAGAUCUGGACUGGGUCAGAGCCUGUGUAUUGCUGUGGGCGGCGAUGUAAUUGCAGGGACGAACUUUGUAGACGCGCUGAAGGUUUUUGAGCAAGACGAAGACACAGAAGCCAUCAUCCUUGUGGGUGAGGUAGGAGGAACAACAGAAGAAGAAGCAGCGGAAUGGAUCAAAGACUACAAAAAGCGCGUCAAGAACCCGAAACCUAUCGCUGCCGUCGUGGGGGGUUUCCAAGCGGUACCGGGCAAAGUCAUGGGCCAUGCUGGCGCGUGGACGGGCUUGGGAGAGGGAACCGCAGAGUCAAAGUACAAGGCUCUGGAGAGCGUCGGUGUGACUAUGGUCGACCAUCCGGCGAAGUUUGGCGGUGUCAUGAAGAGUAUCCUCGCAAAGUCUGGUCGAGACGUGAGGAAGAUAGAGCAAUCAGCGGCCCAGGCACAGCAACGCCGCUCAUACCACACAUCACGCUCCUCUCAUCGCCCUCUCGCAUCCUCCGCUGUAUCCACACCUUUCCAGCAAAAGCGCGGCCUCCACCUCACACCAGACCAAUCCUCCACCCUCCUCAAAACCUACAAUAUCGACAUAACAGAUCCACCCCAAUCCCCACCUUCAACACACUACAUCGGCAUCUCCCCCGCACGCUCCGCCCGCUCGCCAUCCAUAAUCGCCGCCCCAACCGCCAACCCAUCCCACCUCCACCACCGCGUCCGCCGCUUCCCCUUCGACUACCGCGCCGGCCCAACACCCGAAGCCAUCCGCGCCGCAAUCGCCCACCUACAACUCGACGCCCUCCCGCCCAAAGCCGCCGCGCAAACCACCGCGCUAAUAAAAAACCUCUGGGCCCUCUACCGCGACAAAGAAGCAAUCGACGCACACGUCAGCCUCGCCCUAUCCCCCAUAGAAGACGCCUUGCACGUCUACAACCCGUACCUCGUCUUCGACGACGCAGCCUUCAAGUCCAACAAGCGCCAUGCCGACCUGCACGCUCUACGCGACACAUCGCUUAUCCCCGCCGUGGAGCUCGAAGCAGAGGAGAGCGGGAUAGUGUACCACACACUGCCCUCUCCCGCCUCCUCCCCGCAGCCCAAAAACCUAAUCGGCACGCUAGUAAACGGCGCCGGGCUAGCCAUGAACGUCAACGACGUCCUCGCCCUGCGCCUCCUGCCCUCCACUACCUCAGCGAAUUUCCUCGACACAGGCGGCAAAGCGACGGCCCGCACGAUUGCCACAUCGUUCAAACUGAUCCUGGCGGACCCGCGUGUGAGCGUCGUGUUUGUGAAUAUCUUCGGUGGGUUGACGCUGGGGGAUAUGAUUGCCGAGGGGAUUGUGCUGGCGUUCAGGGAGGUGGGGGUGCGGAAGCCAGUUGUGGUUAGGAUUAAGGGGACGAAUGAGGUGGAGGGGAGGAGGAUAUUGAGGGAGGCCGGGCUGCCGAUUGAGGCGUUUGAUGGGUUUGAGGAGGCGGUGGGGAGGGUGGGGGAACUUGCUGCUGAGGCUGCUGCUGUGGUUGCUGAGGGGGAGGGGGAGUGA